AUGGCGGGAUUCUGUCUUUCCGUUUGUGCCGUCAGCUUUGUUUUUGGUAUUAGUCUGGCACAACGACAUCUCCCGGCCCAGGACUUCUUUCCACUUCUGCCAGAUGCAAACACCACGGAUCUGUUUCCAAUGCCACCAUGCGGCACGUUUCAGCUACAUGAAGCGACUAUUCAAGAUAUGCAGCUUGCGAUGGACAAUGGCUCGUUAACCUCAAAGCAGCUUGUACUCUGCUAUCUGCGAAGGGCCUAUCAGACUCAGAGAUACCUAAGCUCCAUCUUGGAAUUCAAUCCAGAUGCUCUAUCUAUUGCCCACGCUCGCGACCACGAGCGAAAGCAUGAGAAGAUUCGAGGUCCACUACACGGCAUUCCCUUCAUUGUCAAAGACAACAUCGCGACCAAAGACAAAAUGGAGACCACGGCCGGAAGCUGGGCCCUUGUCGGCAGCAUUGUCCCUCGCGACGCCCACGUUGUCUCCAAGCUCCGUGACGCCGGCGCCGUCUUGUUCGGCAAAGCAUCUCUGAGCGAAUGGGCGGACAUGCGCAGCAACAAUUACUCCGAAGGCUACUCCGCCCGUGCUGGCCAAUGUCGCAGCCCAUACAACCUAACCGCUAACCCCGGCGGCAGCAGUUCUGGCAGCGCCGUCGCCGUCUCUGCCAAUGUAAUCGCCUUUGCUCUCGGCACAGAGACGGACGGCAGCGUGAUCAAUCCCGCCGAGCGCAACUCGAUCGUGGGCAUCAAGCCCACCGUGGGCCUGACCUCUCGCGCCGGCGUCGUCCCCGAAAGCGAGCAUCAAGACACAGUCGGCACAUUCGGCCGCACGGUGCGCGACGCCGUGUACGCUCUCGACGCCAUCUACGGCGUCGACCCGCUGGACAACUAUACAUCCGCCCAGGAGACGCCUCUUGGAGGCUAUACCCAAUUCCUCUCUACAAAAGAUGCCCUCAAAAACGCGACCUUCGGCCUCCCUUGGAAUAGCUUCUGGGUCUACGCCGACGACGAACAACAAGCCCAACUCCUUGAACUCAUCGACUUGAUCACAGCCGCUGGCGCAACUAUAGUCAACAAUACCGAGAUCACGAGCUACGAAACCCUUAUCUCACCGGACGGCUGGAACUGGGACUACGGCUCCACCCGCGGCUUCCCAAACGAGUCUGAGUACACUGUCGUCAAGGUCGACUUCUACAACAACAUCAACAAAUAUCUGUCGGGACUCUCCAAUACGAACAUUCGCACGAUCGACGAUCUGGUCGCGUAUAACCUGGCCAACGACGGGACGGAGGGCGGUAAUCCUUGGCCUCUAGGUAUCCCAGCAUUCUACUCUGGGCAGGACGGAUUCCUUGCCUCCCUGGAAAUAGGAGGCGUCAUGGAUGAGACGUACUUUCAAGCAUUACAUUUCUGUCAGAGCUCAACGAGGCAAGGCAUCGAGGAGGCGUUGAAUCACAACGGGAUGACGCUGAGUGGGCUGUUGGUCCCUCCCGAUGUAGGCCAGACGUACCAAGUCGCCGCGCAGGCCGGCUAUCCAAUGAUCACGGUGCCUGCUGGUGUGCGGACAAUCAAUGGGAUGCCGUUUGGGCUUGCGAUCAUGCAGACGGCCUGGGCGGAGGGCGAGUUGAUACGCUGGGCGAGUGCCAUUGAGGAUCUGCAGACGGUAAGUGGGACUGAGAGAAAGAGGAGUCUGCCAUUCUGGAGAGAUUAUCUCGAGAGGAAUAUUCCGGUGCCAUUCUUGGACUUCUAGUGGGAGUGAACCGCGGCAUGGUGGCCGUUGGC